GGCUCAAGCCCGCGAGGGGGAGCCUCGGUGACCCCUGCUUCGCUCGCGCGCGAGGGGGCCUCAGACACCCCGUGCUCCAAUUUCGCGGCCCGCGCCUCGGCUGGAGGUGCUGGUGAUGCUGUCAGCCCACGACUUUGCGGUGUUACUCUUCGCGUGCGCUGGCUUGGCCAUCCAGAUCGCGUUGCUCGUGCGCGGGGGCAACGUGCAGGGCUGCCUGAGGAGCAUCGGGCGGCUGGGGCAACAGCUGCGGUCCGCGAGGGUGGCCGUGCACCUGCGGAGCGGCGCCCCGAAGGAGACGCAGACGUCGCGAGAGGCCAUGAUGGAGCAGAAGGUGACGGAGCUCGUCAUGGGCCGCCAGGUCAAGCAGGCCAGGAGGUUCGUGAUGCCGUGCUCCAUGUGGUGCUUCGUGGUCUCCAUCGAGAAGGUGGUCCUGCUCCUCGAUGGGGCGCCGCGCAGCGCGACUCCCAUGGGGGACGUGGUGUUCUUCGUGUUCUACGCGACGAUGCUGCUGCUGGUGUUCAGGCAAGACUUGAUUCAGCCGGGGUGGCUUGAUCUCUGGGGAUCGUUCAUCAUGCUCCUGGCGGUGCUCACCGCCUCGCCGUGGGCCACCCCGACCGCCAGGCUGCUGGGCGUCAGCACGGCCAUCGGGGCGCUGAGGCUCUCCAUCGCCCUGUGCAUCAGUCUGCCGGCGUUCGUCGGCUGGAGCGUCGUCUACUGGGCCAGCCUGGCCCUCCACGCCUGGGAGGACGUCUUCCUGGGGAGCGACUGCCUGGCCCAGACACAAGGUGUGCAGGUGCUACUCGUCGCGGAGGUGAGUGCCUCCGUGGCGCUAGUGCUGAUCAGCCGCGCGGUGCGCGAGGUGAUGGAGGGGGAGGCGCGACAGCAGGUCGAGGCCCAGGCCUCGCGGAGCGGGCUGGACGCUUCGGAGUCCCUGCUCGGCACGAUCUGCGACGCGGUAGUGGAGCUGGACGUGGAUCUGCGCCUGAGGAGCCACUCCCCGAGCCUCGCCACGAUGCUGCUGCACAGCCCGGGCCACUGCCUCGACAGCUCCAAGCUUGACCGGUUCUUGUUCUCGGACGAGGACAAGGUGCGCUUCAACGAGUCGAUGCAUGUACCCGCGCACGAGACUGGCGCGAUCGCCGACGCGUUCCACGUGAAGAUGCGCGACAGUCUCGGAAGCAAGAUCGACAUGGAGGUUUUCCACGUCUGCUUCGUGGACAGUCUGACGGAGCUGCCUCAGCACCUCGUGGGCCUCAGGGAGCACAGCGACAACGGCGUCUCCCAGCUGGGGAUGCCAGACCUCCCGCCCCUCUUCGAUUUCGGAUACAACGAGGAGGACCACUCCGAGGUGGCCGUCGUGUUCGACGCAGUAUCGUUCGACAUUCUCAGGUGCUCCGACGCCUUUACCGUGCGCUUCGGGUCCCUCGCAGCCGGUGCGUCCUUCGCCGACCUGCUGUACCCUGGGGAGCCCCUGCUGCAGGCCUUCUGCGACACCGUCAACAGCUUCGCCAACGGCGACGACCCCGUGAGCUUCUUCGACCUCCGGCCCCUGAGCCUGCAGCUGACGGGCGGCAACCUGCUGAGCAAGCGCGUCUCCUUCACGCUCUCGUUCGAGGCC